AUGGGGUUAGCCGAAACGUACAAUUACUACUACCAUGAAAUUGCAGAUCCUCGUGUCACGAACUGGCCUUUAAUGGGAGAUCCAUGGCCAAUUAUUUUAAUAAUAGCCAGCUAUUUAUAUUUUGUGUUUCAAUAUGAUCCCCGAUUCAUGCAGAAUAGACCAGCAUACGAACUAAAGACUUUUAUUCGAUUCUACAACCUUUUUCAAGUAUUUGCAAACGCUUACAUAGUAUCCGAAGUUUUAGCAGUUUAUCCCGACGCAACAGCACUACGAUGUGAUGAAGGCGAUGAUUCCUGGAAUCCCGAUGCAGUAAGAGUAGCAAGGACCUUUUAUUACGUAAUAUUAUUGAAAAUGGUUGACCUCAUUGAAACAGGACUGUUUGUCCUACGUAAGAAAAAGAACCAAAUCUCAUUUUUGCAUCAUAUAAGUACAAUAUUAUUUGGUGUGAUACUCGGUGGAUAUAUUUCUGGAGGAAUGGCAGUUUUUUAUCCUGCGCUGAAUAGUGCAGUUCAUGUGCAAUUUGUCUUUUUGUUGUUACAUGCUUUUGUCAGUCUAAAGCCAUCCUGUCACGUUACAAAAUUGCCAGCUAUUUUUAUGAUACCGAAUAUACUGUUAAAGUUGUUCUGA